UCAGUUUGUAUUUCCAAAUUAAAGAAAGCACCGAAAUGGCGAAAAAUCACAUCUUCCGCCUCCUCAUCGCCGCCGCAGCAGUGGCCGCGCUCCUCCUCAGCACCGCUGAGGCCGGCGGCGAAUUCAGCUGGAUUCCGUCUAGCACUCCGUCUACCUGCCAGGGAUCGAUAGCGGAGUGCAUGGCGGAGGGCGGCGGCGAGUUCGAGAUGGAUUCGGAGUCCAACCGGCGCAUAUUAGCCACCACCAAGUACAUCAGCUACGGUGCGCUGCAGGCGAACAACGUGCCCUGCUCGCGCCGCGGCGCUUCCUACUACAACUGCCAGCCUGGCGCCGAGGCCAACCCCUACACUCGAUCGUGCUCCGCCGCCACACAGUGCCGGAGUUAAGUUUUAUUAUUUUUAUUUUUGCUCUCUCUGUUUCUCGCGUUUUUUGUUACAUGUAUGUUCAUAUACAAAGGUAAAGAUUUGAUGUAAUAAUCGAUUUUUCGCAUUUGAAAGAUCUCUAUGUUAUACUCUAUGAUUAUCUCU